AUGUUGCAGUUUAACCAGAGGGGGCAGCUUCUAUUCCCAAAACAUAAAGUAAGUGAGAGAGAAGCAUCAAAUGCUCUCUCACCAUCCGACAAAGAGAAGGAAAAUGAAAGCAUGCAUUUAGACAAGCAAAGUGGUUUUUCUGCUGCUGCUCCACUGAGCUCACAGCCUCUACUGCUCCUGGGACCCGAGGGGAAUUACAACUAUUAUGUGGAUGAUGAAGAUGAGGAAGAGGAAGAACAAGGAAAGUGGCCAAAUGGAGACUCAUUUGAGGGAGAAAACAAGGUCUCUUCAUCCAUCCCUUGCUCCCCUUCCCUUUCCGCUGGAGCCUCGGCCACAGCUUCCACCUCAUCAGUGCUGAACAUCAAUGUUGGUGGUCAAAGCUAUCGCCUCACCUACCAAGCGGUGGCCAUCUACCCCAAGACCCGCCUGGGCCGUCUGGCAACUUCCACCGACCGUCGCUGUCAGCUGGGUCUGUGCGAUGACUACGCUGCGCAGGUAGACGAGUAUUUCUUUGACAGGGACCCGGCUGUCUUCCAGCUGGUGUACAACUUCUAUGCCUCAGGGGUGCUGCGCGUGCGGGACGAGCUGUGCCCCCGCAGUUUUCUGGAGGAGCUGAGCUACUGGGGCGUGCGGCUCAAAUACACACCACGCUGCUGCCGCAUCUGCUUCGAGGAACGCCGCGAUGAGCUCAGCGAGCAGCUCAAGGUGCAGCGCGAGCUGCGCUCCCAGGCUGAGGCCCAGGAGAGCGAGCACCUCUUCCACCACAUGCGCUACUAUGGUCCCCAGCGCUGGCGCCUCUGGAACCUCAUGGAGAAGCCCUUUUCCUCCAUCACAGCCAAGGUGAUGGCCGUGGCCUCCAGCUUCUUUGUGCUCAUCUCGGUGGUUGCCCUGGCACUCAACACUGUGGAGGAGAUGCAGCAGGUGGACAGGAAGAGUGGGGAAAGCCGGCCUGCCCUGGAGCACAUCGAGACACUCUGCAUCGCAUUCUUCACAUUGGAGUACCUGCUGCGCCUGGUUUCUACCCCUGACCUGCGCCGCUUUGCCAGCAGUGCACUCAAUGCUGUAGACCUCAUCGCCAUCCUGCCCCUCUACCUCCAGUUGCUGCUGGAGUGCUUCGCUGAUGAUGACCAGCCCCGUGGCCGGGGCUCACAGCAUGAGCACGACAUUGAGAAAGUGGGACGGGUGGGCAAGGUGGGACAGGUGCUUCGCAUCAUGCGUCUCAUGCGUAUCUUCCGCAUCCUCAAGCUGGCCCGCCACUCCACGGGGCUGCGUGCCUUCGGCUUUACCUUGCGCCAGUGCUACCAGCAGGUGGGCUGCCUUUUGCUCUUCAUCGCCAUGGGCAUCUUCGCCUUCUCUGCCAUGGUCUACACAGUGGAGCAUGACGUCUCCAGCACCAACUUCACCAGCAUACCCCAUGCGUGGUGGUGGGCUGCCGUCAGCAUCUCCACAGUGGGGUACGGCGAUAUGUGCCCAGAAACGCAUCUCGGCCGCUUGUUCGCUUUCCUCUGCAUUGCUUUUGGCAUAAUCCUGAAUGGGAUGCCCAUCUCUAUACUCUACAACAAAUUCUCAGACUACUACAGCAAGCUGAAGGCCUACGAGUACACGGCUCUCAAGAAAGAGAGGGGGAAGGUAGACUUCACGCGGAGAGCGAUGAAGAAAAUCUCUGAAUGCUGCGGAGAGGGCACAACCCACCCGUUGUUGCAACACUGA